CCUCACGCUACAUUAUUGUAACAAUAAUGUCACAAAUCUCUGUCCAAAAAUAUCUCUAUCUAAUGUUUUUUUAAAUAGCACGAUCUAAAUUGUCCUUUUUACUAUUCCAUAAGCAAAUGUGUAUCAAUAUCACCAAUUCAAGAGACCUUCCGUAUAUAUAUGUAGAGUCCAAAAAUCUAAAUUACAACAGUCUUUAAGCUAUUUUCCAUUUAGUCCGAUCUCUUAUUCAAUAAUGACGAAGAACGGCGCAGUUCCGACGUCGUCUCAUGCACAUCCGUUAGUGGAUCUCGACUCCAUCUCACACACCAAGCAACGUAUCAAAGACGGGCUCGCCACGCGCCGUCCUUGGAGAGUGAUGUUCGAUUUCCACUCCAUGGGGCUACCUCGCGGUGUAUCCGAUGCUUUCUCAAGCAUCAAGACGAAUCUUGCUUACUUCCGUAGUAACUACGCAAUCUUCGUCUUGACCGUCGUAUUCUUCAGCCUGAUCUGGCAUCCGACCUCGCUCAUCGUCUUCACCGUCUUGGUUUUUGUUUGGAUCUUUCUCUAUUUCCUGUGUGACGAGCCUCUCAAGAUGUUCCGAUUUCAGAUCGAUGAUCCGACGGUGCUGAUUGUUUUGUCGGUGAUAACAGUCGUGCUGCUUCUCUGUACCAACGCGACGUUUAAUAUUAUUGGUGCGCUGGUCACCGGAGCUGUGUUGGUUCUGAUCCAUGCGGUGGUUAGGAAGACGGAGGAUCUUUUCUUGGAUGAAGAGGCCACGACGACUUAGACUUCAGGGUUUACGUCAUACCCUUCGUCUUACAUGAUUUAUAUCGAACUUUAUGUAUAUUAUAUUGUUUUUGAUCCAUCUUAUUUAAAUUUUUAUUGGUGUGAGUUUGGUUUGACACCAUCUCUCUUGGUUCCGACUUUUGAGUUUUUAAUUGAGUGUAUAACAGUUUGAUUUGAACAA